AUGACGGCGGCGGAGAAAAAGGUCUUCCUCAUAGGACCAGGCCUGAUUGGCACCGACCUGCUCGAGCUUCUCGUGGAAGCCGGCUACGAAGUCAUCACCAUGGUCCGGCGGGAGGCACACGCAGCACAGGUCAAGGACCUCGGCGCCAAAGAAGUGAUCAUGGGCACGCUGGACGACAAAGACACCAUCCGCAAACAAGCGGCGGCAAGUCCCAUUGUCAUCCACACCGCCACGGCCGACCACCUGCCGUCCGUCGAAGCGGUGCUGGACGGCGUGCGUCAGCGCGCCGAGCAAGGGCUGGAGACGCUGUUCCUGCACACCAGCGGGACGAGCGUGCUGGUCGACAAUUCCAAGGGCAUGUACAAGUCGGACAAGAUCUACUCCGACGAACGGCCCGAGGAGAUCGACAGCGUGCCAGACACGGCGCCGCACCGGGCCAUCGACCUCGCGAUCCUCGCGGCGCGGCGGGACCUGGGCCCCAAGGCCAAGAUCAUCAUCAUGCUGCCCUGCCUGGUGUACGGGAUCGGCAAGUGCUCGGGGAGGGUAUCCAUGCAGCUCCCGACCAUGGUGCGCUUCGCGCUGAAGCACGGCUGGGCGCCGGUGAUCGGCCAGGGCUUGUCGGUGCGCAGCAACAUCCACGUGCAGGACCUGGUGCGCGGGUACAUGGUGAUCCUGGCGUGGAUGCUUCGUAGUAGCGCCGACGAGGUGCUCGCGAACCCGUACUUCUUCUGCAGCACGGGGCAGGACAUGGCGUGGGGCGACGCGGCGGCCGAGAUUGGGCGGGCGUUGCACCAGGCCGGCCGGAUCACGGAUCCCACGCCCCGACCGGUCCCGCCGGAGCUGUAUGGGGAUCUGUUCGGCGUGUACAGUCCCACGACCGUGGGCGCGAACUCCAGGAGUCGUGCCGACCGGCUGCGGAAGCUGGGCUGGAGUCCGAGGGAAAAGGGCGUCUUGGAGUCAUUGCGCGAGGAUGAGUUGCCGGUCCUGUUGAGUGAGACGGGGCCCUUCAAUGGAUACACGGGCCUGGCAUCGUCGGGGACCCAUGUGCUGAAGAGCUUGGAGUAG